AUGAUCACGCCAUUUGCAGUUGCCACAAGCUCCACCAAAGUGGCCAGGCAGGCGACGGCAUUCUGGGAAUGGCCGAAGACCUGGAUGAGCACUCCGGCAGGCAAGGCAUGCAUGUGGCUCCGUCCGGCCGCGAGAUUGAAUGAGAAUGGCAUUGAUGUACGAUGGCCGGUGGCUUCGAACCUGCAGCUCUGUCAUGCUGCCUCAUACAAAGGGUACAUCUUGCCCUGGGAGACCCCCGAUAAAGAGACGGCGCGUGGAUUGUGGACUGGGGGUGAAGGGACUCAGCUGUUGAUCAGCCACGAAGAGGAUGCGAUGGGGCCCUGA